UUUUGUUUCUGGGCUUCGACAUAUGAUAGUGUUGAGUUUCGAUCUUCCGGCUCUUCCAAUCGUCACAGCGUUACAGUAAUCUACUCUUCAUCAAUCUAUUAUGCUCUUUAAUCCAUUGUAAUUGUUUCGUUCCACCUCCCCUCCUCCUACUAUAUAAAGUGCUCCGUUUGAUAUUCAGUCCAACCCUAAUCGAAAACCUCCAUUGCUGAUAGGAAACUGAAUAAGAAGAAGUGUGAACGGUGUAUUUCGAAUACUCCAACAGAUUCAUUUGAAGAAGACCGUGUUGAAGACUAAUCAGUAGCAAAUGUUUACAGAAAACCGACAGCUUACCAUAAUCUACUGGUAUCUCUUGGUUUGUCUAACAAGGUUGUUUCUGACAUGAACAGAAGAAGGCAGAGAGAGGAGCAAGUUAGAAGCGACACAGAAGAAGAUGAGGAUGAUGAAGACGAGGAAAACAGUGCUUCUGAGGAUAGAAGCUCUACAGAUGGAGAGGAUGAUGAGGAAGAAGAUUCUGAGUGCUCUGAGACAGACGAGGAGAAUGAGUUUACCAAUGGCCAAUCUUCUGUAGUUGCUUCUUCAUCUACCAGUGCAUUUAGCGAGCACCUUGGUCAUACUUUAUUAAGUGAAGAAGUGGAAACUUUAAUAAAACACGUCUGGAGCUUUAAAUGGAAAGCACCUGCCAUUAGCAUGCCAAAUUGCAGCUGGAAAGGAACUAGACAAAAUUUUCUUGACGUUGCUCAGAGUGAUGCACCCUAUGGGACCAAGCUUAAUUUAUUUGAGCACUGGCUUCAAUUGUACAAGGAAGCUGGAGGGGAGGAGUUUGGCUCAUCUGCAAGGAGAAGAUUCUUCUCCAUUUGUACGCAACAGCUAUAUGGAUAUUUUGCAUUAUAACAAGAAACUCUUUUACAAUGGAGACCGUGGAGAAGCUUGAUUACUGAAGUUUGAAACUUGGAACAUGAAUCUGGGAGUUGUGUCUAAAUCUCGAUGCUUUGUUCGUUUGUCUCGGUGUCAGACGAAAUCAAGGCUACAGAUGCUGAUGUGAUCCCCAAAAUACCGUUAUUUUGAUCAAAAUCGAUCCGACGACUUCCGUUAGUGACGUAGCUUCAUCACAUAUACAAAUAUCAUGGUACUUAAAUAUUCCCUUAUAAAAUAGUUAUAUGUUAUUUCUUACAAUCUAAAGUUUUUAGUUUUAAAUGAAAAACACCUUCUGGAGGCUGUUUCCGAAAGGGUAUGGUGCCAGGUGCCAACACAUCACUCCCAUACCUUGAUGCUUACCUUCAGAUCAGGCUCUGUUUUUUUCUUAUAAAAAGGAUUGUUUUUAAGUGUUUAUGCAGGAUGAAGAGAAGCUUAGAAACAGCAAAAUCUGUGACAUGCUUUCAUAGCAGCGUCUCAUCGCCUUGCUGGCAACCAUUGCCUGCAAUGGAGUGACAGAGAGAGAAUAAAGGUUAAGGUGAAGAUCACAUCUGAUCUCAGGUUCGUAAAUCAAAUGAAAAAUAACUUUCUUAUCUUUUCUGACUUCAUGGUGGAGAAUAGGUUUAUCACCUUGGAGAACAUGUUUCUUUUACUGCCGCUCGCUUUGUUUUGAUUGUGACUUGGAAAUUAUCUUUUCUUAUUGAUUUUUCCUCCAAAACAACACUUAUGUGAGAGUGCCACAGUUGUCAUCAUAGUAGUAUAGUACGUUGAUCCAGCUGGAGAGUGGCAUGACUUAUUAACCAUCUUCUCCCAUUAUAAUUAGAGUGCUCAUGUAUUUUGCCUGUUAGACCCUCUUUUCCCAUGUUAUCUACUUAAUGACAAUUUGAUUGCUCCUUUGUUCAAUCAGACAUCUAUUUUA